UGAGGAACGAGUAUGGAUUCGGGCAACCGGACAUUUACAGGCAAAUCGACCGAGAAGAUCCUAAGGCCGUGCUCGAUGCUGCCGCCGUCGCUGGCCUCGUCGGGAUCUUGCGCCAGCUCGGCGAUCUUUCUGAGACUCCUUAAGUUUAUGCUUGGACGUUCAAGGUGGCAUUUACUUUCAAGUUUAGUGGACCUAGUAAUUGAACAUGACCAAUGUUUAUUUUGGCUGGAGAUUGUUGUUUCUGUUGCCAUUGCUAAAUGGGAGCUCCUUAAGCAGAGUGAAAGGCCAACACCUGUGGGAAUGUUUGCUACUUGUAUCCAUGGUUUGCAGCAGAGGUAUUUCAUGGCUUGCAGGAGCAAGUGAUGACUACAGUGUCUAGAAGCCAUAAACUGAAGGCCCGUGUAGAGCGCAUUGAAGCUGCACUUCCUCCCAUUGAGAAGGCUGUUCUUAGCCAGACAAGCCACAUACAUUUUGCUUAUACUGCCGGUUCUGAAUGGCAUCCUCGUAUUCGGAAUGGAAAAAAUCACUUCAUCUACAAUGACUUGCCACAAUUUAUUAUGGACUCCUAUGAAGAAUGCCGCAAUCCUCCAUGUUUGCACUUGCUUGACAAGUUUGAUACUGGUGGUCCGGGAUCUUGUUUCAAAAGAUAUUCAGAUCCAACUUUCUUUAAGAAAGCAUCAGCUACCUCUGAUGAAGCGACCACUGAAAGAAUCCGAAUCAAUAAGAAUGCUCAUAGAAGCAAGAAGAAAAGGUCAUCACAGUGGAAUCGAAAAGGAUUGCGUGGUGCAUCAAGAUCCAAUUCCCGUAGCAGAUUGCAGUUUACUUCUCUUCCUGUUAAUGGUCAAACUUCUAUGCAAACUGCCUCAGCUGUGGAUGUGGCUUCAAAUUCUGAACUAGGAGACCAUUCAAAUUCUUUUGAUUCAAGAAAUGGUCCGCAGUUUACUUCUCGUAUUGUUGAUGACCAGGCCUCUCCUCAAACAGCAUCUGCAGUUGACAUGACACUGAAACCUGACACUGGAGACCAUUCAAAUUCUUUUGAUUCAAGAACAGGCUUAGGAGAUAUAGAAUGUGUUUUCCAUCUGAGUUCCAUGCAACCUGAACAGCAGGAAUCGCUCUCUUCUGGGUUGAUGCAGCGUAAUGAUACUCUUGAUUCAGUUUUUCCUGAUGAGCAGACCAAGGCUAUCGAUGAUAACUUUCCAGGCAGUUCAUUACUAGAGAAAAUUGCCUCCAGUUCUUCUUGUGUUACCUGGGAUGAAAAGGCAGAGAUAGUGGAGCCCAACGGUCAGCAAAGUGAUAGAGAGGAAGCUCCAGAGAUGCUCUCGACAAAGUCUGAUGUAGAUACAAAUAGGGAGAGAGCUGUUAACUUUACAAAUAUUGAUCAAAUACAUAGCCUACUUGAUUGUAAAAACAGUCUUGAGUUUAUCUCCAACGGUAAUCAGAUCAACAGCAUUGAAAGUGAGCCAGUUUUUCCUGAUGAGCAAACCAAGGCUAUGGAUGAUAACUUUCCGGGCAGUUCAUUACUAGAGAAAAUUGCCUACAGUUCUUAUUGUGUUACCUGGGAUGAAAAGGCAGAGAUAGUGGUGCCUAAUGGUCAGCAAAGUGAUAGAGAGGAAGCUCCAGAGAUGCUCUCGACAAAGUCUGAUUUAGAUACACAUGGAGAGAGAGCUGUUAACCUUGCAAAUGUUGGUCAAAUAGAUAGUCUGCUUGAUUGUGAAAACAGUCUUGAGUUGAUCUUCAACAGUAAUCAGAUCAAUGACAUUGAAAGUGAACCAGACAAUUACAUGGAUGCACUCAACGCCAUUGGAUCGGAAUCUGAGAAUGAUCUUGACUAUCAAACAAAAAGAAAAGUGGAGCAGUAUGCCUCCAACACCAAUGAUGAAGGAAUAAAUGAAAUCCAUGAGCUUCCUGAAAAUAGCUCAGACCUUAAUCAUCCAGAGUUGGAAUCUGAUAUUACAUCCUGCAGUUUCUCAAAUGAAGGAGUGCCAUCAUAUAUACCAAACUCACUUUCCCCAGAGAGAGUUGUACACGAACAGAUGCCUCAGAUCACUAAGAUGUCUUCUAGUUUAGACUUUUCAGCAGAUGAUUUCAGUGGAGGUGCUGAUGCUCACAAUGGUUCCCAAUUGGAAUCUGUUGUUCCUGGUCCAUUAUCCUCUGCCCCCAAAACUUCUGAUUUCGGGGAUGUAUCGAUGGAUAAGAUGUUUAGUAGUUUUUACAAGUCUGAUGAAACUCCUGCUGACUUUUCUGGUGUUCGUUCAAUUUCAUUCUGGACUAAUGGUGGUCUUCUAGGACUUGAGCCAUCAAAACCUCCUGCUUAUGCCAUGUCAAAUGCUGUGGGUCAGGAUUUAGUAAACAGAAGUAAAGACGACACAGUUUGCCCUUCAAAACAUGGGUUUAUGCUAAAAGGUGAUGAGCUUGAAGGUAAACUAGAUAUGUUGGACAAGAAAGAUGGAGGCAUUGAAAAGGAUCCAAGUUGUGUUUGCUCUACAUCAUGCCAAGAUGACCAGGAAGAUAGUAUCUCAAAAACGAAGACAUUUGGGCGAUUUUCACCGGCUGAUUCAGAUGCCAAAUGUGAAAAUUUCAGUGUAAUGGCACCUAAAACUGCAGUGCCAGUCUCACCACUUGUCAAAUCCAUAUCUGCCGAAUCCAAUCAAGAGAAUGAUGAAAACUCAUCUCUAGCGUUUGGACUCAGCCAAAGGUUACUAGCAACUGGUUUGUACAAAAAAGUUUCAGAUGUCCAUGAUGACAAUCUUGAACCUGCUAGUUCUAUGAAUGCUAGUGGUUUGGAGCAAUUUAGUGGGCAACAUGGAGUUGUGAAUCAAACAAUUCCUGAGAAAAAACUUGAAGAGUGGCUUGGACAUGGCUCUCCUGUAGAUUCACUUACUUCUUCACCACCACUAGAACAUAUGAAAAUAUCUUUCCAUCCUCUAAAUGGCUCUGAGACUUCCAAACUGAAACUGAAUUUUCCUGAUACAAAUCAAUGUUUUGAAGGCAUAAGAGACAUGUUUCCAUCAUUUCAGUUGGUCCCUGAGCAUGGUAUUCCUAUGAAUGACUUUGGUUUUGAGUCUGAUGAUGACACAUUUUGUAGAUCAUCUCCUUAUAUGUCCGAUGAUUGCCACAGCCAUCACUCUGCAUCAAAUUCUGAGCAAUGGGAAUCUGGUGAAACUCCUAAAAGCAAGGAUCCCGAACCCCAUGAUGCCUUAUGUGGAAUCUCGUCAGCGGAAUCUAUAUCAACCUAUCAGGAGUUUGGGAGAAUAAUCAACAAUGGUAUCCAGAUUGAUUGUGGAAUUAGAAUUGCAGAUACUGGGAAUGGUGUGGAACCUUCUUUGUCUGGUUCUCUGCUUGAUCUUCCCAAUUUUGAUACCGUGAACCCUGUACUUCAGCAAGUGACAAAUGAAGAUUCUAAUCUCCUCAAGUUGGAAUGUUCUGGACAGCUUAUACCACAACCGCCACCUCUCCCUCCAGUACAGUGGAGGGUAUCAAAACCCAAUUUUUAUGUGAUAGAAUACAAACAAGAUGAUGUCUCUGACGCCCUAAUGCAUGCAUCUGAUCUGAAACAUUUUGGAUCCACAAUGUCUCAGCAACCAAAGCCAACCCCAGAGAAGCAACAACGAACUAAUGAGGAGGCUGCUGCAAUAGGACAGAUGGGCAAGCAGCAGGACCAGCAGAAGUUGAAUGAGCAGAAAGAAGCAAAUCGAGCUAUGAAUGGCAAGGAGAUGGAUGAAAGGGAAAAUUUCCUACAACAAAUCAGAUCAAAAUCAUUUAGCCUGAGAUGCACAAUGACAACCACAACUAGUACACCAGGACCUGCUACAGAUUUCAAAGUCACUGCCAUUUUGGAGAAAGCUAAUGCUAUUCGCCAGGUUAUUGGGAGUGAUCAUGGGGAUGAUGAUGAUACGUGGAGUGAUGCUUGAUUUAAUCCUUUCGGUUGGGUCCAUGAUAAACAACUCUCCUAUAGCUUUGAGUAGAGUUGUGAGGGGUAGCAUUACUUUACAUGUGAAUAAUCCUAGUUUUUUAUUUUUUUUGUAACUAAUCGUAGGGGUUCCUUGUAUCAUAUUGUGAUCAAUUUUUUGAUUCCUUGGUAAAUGUAUGUUGUAAGCAAUUAGAUAAACACUUGAGGUUGAGUACAAUGUAAUCUGCAUAUUUGAGGCAGCAAUUUAUGCGUAA